GGUGAAUGGCUCCUCCUGCUACAGAGAAUCGGAAUCGGGGACAGAGUCGUAGAGCUGGGGCUGGAUCAGGAGAAAACACUACAUAAACCAGCUUUUUGGGAGAAGCGAGCGGGCUUAACGGGGCGAUGUCCUCUAGGUUUCUGAUUUACUUCUCAGGUUGAACUCUGUCUUAAAUAGCAAGGAAGGGUUCUGGCGAAAUUUUGAAUAGUAAACACCCCAAAUGAACUCCGUCAGAGCUACGAACCGAAGACCAAGACGAGUGUCUAGGCCGCGCCCGGUGCAGCCGGAAAGAAACAACCCAGAAAGAGAUGAGGAGGUGGCUGCAGACAUGGUCGCCGAAGAAUCUGGUCCCGGAGCUCAGAACAGUCCAUACCAACUUCGAAGAAAGUCUCUCUUACCCAAAAGAACUGCUUGUCCAACAAAGACAAAUAUGGAGGGUGCUUCCACAUCAACAAUGGAAAACUUCGGCCAUCGGGCCAAGCGUGCCAGAGUGUCAGGGAAAUUGCAAGACCUGCCAGCUGCUCCAGCAGAGCAGUAUCUGCAGGUGAAGCUCCCGGAUGAGGUGGUGCUGAAGAUCUUUUCAUAUCUGUUGGAACAGGAUCUGUGUCGAGCCGCCUGUGUGUGCAAACGCUUCAGUGAGCUGGCCAACGAUCCUAUCCUUUGGAAGAGAUUGUACAUGGAGGUUUUUGAGUACACCCGUCCCAUGAUGCACCCUGAGUCAGGAAAAUUCAAUCAGAUUAACCCAGAAGAGUAUGAGCAGCCCAACCCAUGGAAGGAGAGCUUUCAGCAGUUGUAUAAGGGAGCACAUGUGAAACCGGGCUUUGCAGAACACUUCUACAGUAACCCUGCCAGAUACAAAGGCAGAGAGAACAUGCUGUAUUAUGACACCAUUGAGGAUGCAUUGGGAGGAGUUCAGGAGGCUCACUUUGAUGGGCUGAUAUUUGUCCACUCUGGCAUCUACACAGAUGAAUGGAUCUACAUAGAGUCACCAAUUACAAUGAUCGGUGCAGCUCCAGGGAAAGUCGCAGACAAAGUUAUCAUUGAGAACACUAGAGAUUCAACGUUUGUGUUCAUGGAAGGGUCUGAAGAUGCGUAUGUUGGCUAUAUGACAAUAAAGUUUAACCCUGAUGAUAAAUCAGCCCAGCAUCACAACGCACACCAUUGCUUAGAGAUCACGGUCAACUGCAGCCCGAUCAUUGAUCACUGUAUUAUUCGCAGCACUUGCACAGUUGGUUCGGCAGUAUGUGUGAGUGGCCAGGGGGCGUGUCCCACCAUCAAAAACUGUAACAUCAGUGAUUGUGAAAAUGUAGGCCUGUACAUUACAGAUCACGCACAGGGAAUUUAUGAAGACAACGAGAUCUCUAACAAUGCUCUAGCUGGGAUUUGGGUGAAGAACCAUGGAAAUCCCAUAAUCAGAAGAAAUCACAUUCACCAUGGUAGAGAUGUGGGAGUGUUCACCUUUGACCAUGGCAUGGGCUACUUUGAAAGCUGCAACAUUCAUAGGAACCGGAUAGCAGGCUUCGAGGUGAAGGCUUAUGCUAACCCCACAGUGGUGCGCUGUGAGAUCCACCAUGGCCAGACGGGUGGCAUUUAUGUGCAUGAGAAGGGCAGAGGUCAAUUCAUUGAAAACAAGAUCUAUGCAAACAACUUUGCCGGAGUGUGGAUUACCUCAAACAGUGACCCCACGAUUAGGGGUAAUGCUAUCUUCAAUGGAAACCAAGGUGGCGUGUACAUAUUUGGGGAUGGCCGAGGUCUGAUAGAAGGAAACGAUAUCUAUGGAAACGCCUUGGCAGGGAUUCAGAUUCGUACCAACAGCUGCCCGAUUGUCCGGCAUAACAAGAUCCACGAUGGCCAGCAUGGAGGAAUUUAUGUGCAUGAGAAAGGUCAGGGUGUGAUCGAGGAGAACGAGGUCUACAGCAACACGCUGGCUGGAGUGUGGGUAACCACAGGGAGCACACCUGUUCUGCGCAGGAACAGAAUCCACAGUGGGAAACAGGUCGGUGUUUAUUUCUAUGAUAAUGGACACGGAGUGUUGGAGGAUAAUGAUAUCUAUAAUCACAUGUACUCUGGAGUUCAAAUCAGGACUGGAAGCAACCCAAAAAUCAGACGAAACAAGAUCUGGGGUGGACAAAACGGUGGCAUCCUUGUUUACAACUCUGGUUUGGGUUUCAUAGAAGACAAUGAGAUCUUCGAUAAUGCCAUGGCUGGAGUUUGGAUCAAGACAGACAGCAACCCGACUCUCCGCCGGAAUAAAAUCCACGACGGGAGAGAUGGAGGAAUCUGCAUAUUCAAUGGAGGACGAGGGUUGCUGGAGGAGAACGACAUCUUCAGAAAUGCUCAGGCAGGGGUCCUCAUCAGCACAAACAGCCAUCCUGUACUGCGGAAGAAUAGGAUAUUUGACGGCUUUGCUGCAGGUAUCGAGAUCACAAACCACGCAACAGCAACUUUAGAGGGCAAUCAGAUUUUCAACAACCGCUUUGGUGGUUUGUUUCUUGCUUCUGGAGUCAACGUAACAAUGAAAGAUAACAAAAUAAUGAACAAUCAGGAUGCCAUUGAAAAAGCUGUGAGCCGAGGUCAGUGCCUGUACAAAAUUUCCAGUUACACCAGCUAUCCAAUGCACGAUUUUUACAGAUGUCACACCUGUAACACGACAGACCGCAAUGCAAUUUGUGUGAACUGCAUCAAGAAGUGUCAUCAAGGACAUGAUGUGGAGUUUAUUAGACAUGAUAGGUUUUUCUGUGACUGUGGUGCUGGGACGUUAUCAAACCCUUGUACUCUAGCCGGCGAGCCGACGCACGACACGGACACGCUGUACGACUCCGCCCCUCCUAUAGAGUCCAACACACUGCAGCACAACUGAAGCAGCGUGCCAAGAUCUGACCUCCAGAGACUGCGCUCUCAGUGCAGUGCUGUCGCUCUAGAAAUAAUUAAAUUACAACAUAACAUGUGGAGAACACUUAAAAAAAAAUGGGAGAAUGUUCAAAACAAGAGACAGCUUUCAUAAUGCAAGCUCUGAGGACUUUUGUAUUAAAAGAAAUGUGCUGUGGCUUUAGCGCUUCCCUGCUUCUUCAUGCAAACUGAAAGACGUGGAUGGCGCCCUUUAGGAGUCGGAUAGUGGAUAACUGUAACUUGGAAUAUUUGAACGGCAGUACGGACUGAUGUCUCCUCUACAGGAGAACCGGCAGUGCUCUGCAGACUCUGCAUGGAGAGAAACUUUGAGCCAUAUGAAAAAGACACGGCUAAAAUAUGGCUCCUUCACAUGUGGAAGGAGUUUACAAGCUGUUUUUCCUAAAGCGCCCGUUUGGAGGAAACUAUUGCCACGCUAUUGUGUAUAUGUAUGGGGAUUAAAGUUACCCAGCACUUCAGCAUUUUUUUGGUAUUGAUAUUUCAUUUUAAUCCUCAUGUUUCUCAUAGUUUUGUAUUUUCAAGCAAAAAUCUUAAAUGUACUUGAAUGUGUUUUUAUUUUAUUAAAUAUUAAUUUUGGAGGUUGUUAAACCUUUUAGACCUACUGUAAUUGUGCUCAUGUUGCAGGAUGUAUGUUCUUUCUGUGAAAGAGAUUUAUCAGGAAAAGAGAAAAUGAAACACUAACUAUUCCCCAGCAAUGUCUUUUUUUUUUUUUUUUUAA